GCUUCAUAUGAUCAUAGAAUAGAUACAAACCAUGGCUAGAAAUAGUGAGAAGGCCAUGACCACCUUGGCCAGGUGGAGGGCUGCUCAUCUGGAAGACAAGUCAAAAGAACAGGAAAGAAGGCCAUACCUUGCUACAGAAUGUGAUGACUUGAAGAAGGCUGAGAAAUGGAGGAGACAAAUCAUCGGGGAAAUCUCAAGGAAGAUGGCCCAGAUUCAGAAUGCUGGUCUUGGAGAAUUUAAACUGAGAGAUCUGAACGAUGAAAUCAACAAACUUCUACGUGAAAAGGGACACUGGGAUGACCAGAUAAAGGCACUAGGUGGACCUGAUUACAAGAGAGUUGGACCUAAGAUGCUGGACAAAGAAGGCAAGGAAGUCCCAGGAAACAAGGGCUACAAGUAUUUUGGUGCCACGCGAGAUCUGCCGGGGGUCAGGGAGUUGUUUGAACAAGAGCCUCCUCCCCUCCUCAGAAAAACCAGAGGUGAGCUGAUGAAAAAUAUUGACGCUGAUUACUAUGGUUACAGAGAUGAGGACGAUGGUCGUAUUCUUCCCCUGGAACAGGAAAUGGAGAAAAAAGUAAUGGCCCAGAAAAUAAGAGAAUGGAAAGAAAAAAAGGAAUCUGUCAGCCGAGGGGAAACUCAGGAGGAGAAGGAAAUGGAGACAGAAGAGGAGGAACCACUGUACCAGAAAGAAGAGUAUGUGGAUGAAGUAAUUGCAGAACCAGAAGAAGAGAAAGCAACAGAGGAAGAACAUUUUAUUGCCCAUGUACCUGUCCCCUCCCAGAAAGAGAUUGAAGAGGCGCUCAUACAGAGAAAGAAGAUGGAGCUGUUACAGAAAUAUGUCAGUGAUGACCUUCAGGCAGAGGAGGAGGAGUCAAAGAAAAUGCUGGGCUUAUGAUUGGUGGACCAAAAAAAAGACUUAUUUCUAUUGGUUGAAUUGUCAACCAAUCUCUGAAUAGUGUUCUCAAAUUGAAACCUUGCUGGGCAGCAAUAUAACAAAGUGCUUGUUUUUGACUAAUUUGAAUCUGGACAACUAUUGAAAAAUAUUCCACUGGUGUAGAAAACAAUUUGUCUGAACCAUAUGUGUAGUUCAUACUCUAUAUGAUCUUAAGUACCAGAAACCUGGCAAAUUAAUACAAAAGAGUGGGAUUUAAUAUCACUGUACAUAUCAUCAAUCAGCAGAAUAGAAGGAAUAUACUUGUAUAACAUACACAUCUCAUUUUUCAUGCAUUUUGUACCUUGUACAAUUUUAUUGUAUAUACAAUGCAUAUUUUCAUAAAACUAUCUUCAAAUAAAA